CAGUGUGUGAAGGCAUCUCCAAUGGAGUGACCUGCAUCAGACUCUAUGAUAAGACCAUUUUAAUUCAAUUGCAACUACGGACUCUGUUCCAUCUCAUAAAUAACUUUCAUGUGUAUAGGGAUCCCUUGGCGGUAUCUUCUCUGUGUGUAUGUAAUAAGUCAGCAAUGCUUCAAUUUGUCUGUAUGCUUGAAAGUUUAACCCAGCAAUGACAAUAACGGAGCCCCUUAUCACUUUGGGGAGAUUGUUGAAAAAUUUUUAAAAGCAAAAACUCAAGACUAUUGAUAGCCAGUUUGGGAUUUACUGUUGUGUUCGCUACUCCUCGGACUUCAGUCCAUUCGUGGCUCUCAGCUAAAUGAGAUCAAGAUAGAAAAUUUUCUAACACGAAAUCCCUUUAGUUCUUGUCUUAUUUGUGAGUUAAAUUCGUUGCUAUUUAUUUUUCUACAUUUUUCCAUCCUUCGCUGGUGAAUGCUAAAGACGAUUUUUGUUAUAGAUAUAUGUAGUGGUAAAGUGUUGGUUAAGAGCGGAUGGUAUUUUUGAAUCAAUUUCCCGUGAAUUAAACUUUUCGCCAAACUUUCUCCGCAAGUAAUGCAAUCUGCAGGACGAGUACAUUGAAAACAUUUUACUGAUUGGAUAUAGCUUCACAAAAAUAUUCCGAUACGCAGAGCGUGAAAUUUUUUUUUGCCUAUACCCUUUUAUAUACAACAAUCGCCCUCGCUACAAUAGACCCUACGCCAUCCCCGUGACCCGCACGGACUUCCUGUCUCGUUUGAAAACUGAAAAGGAGAAAGGCGGAAAUUUGUGGGAAAGUAGAGAAAAAAAAAGUGAAAGAACGGAAAAAUGGCAUCGAAUCUAUUGCGCGGAUUCCAUUCGGUUGUGAAGGGGCGCCGGGUUAUCUAUGGAGACAGAAUUAUUUCGCUUGGGGGCUCUGUAAAAUAUCGACAGGCGGAUGUGUCCGUGCGCCACACUUCUGGCUCCUCUAAUCUAUGGCAUCGUACAAACCAAAAUCAAAUCAACCAAAUGGAAAAGAGAACCCUACAAACUGAACGGAGGCCAUCCCUAUUUUCGGACCGUAGCCAACUCAAGUAUGCUCGACGACUCGUGAUAAAAUUGGGUAGUGCCGUGAUCACUCGGGAGGAUGAGCAUGGUCUUGCGCUGGGACGUUUGGCAUCCAUUGUAGAACAGGUUGCGGAGUGCCAAUUGGAGGGACGUGACUGUAUUAUGGUUACCAGCGGUGCUGUCGCAUUUGGGAAGCAGAAAUUAACGCAGGAAUUGCUGAUGUCAUUAUCCAUGCGGGAAACUCUCUCACCCAAGGAUCACACCAGAGAGGAUGCUGGGUCAAUAGAACCCCGUGCUGCUGCUGCCGUGGGUCAAUCAGGAUUAAUGUCGCUGUAUGACGCUAUGUUCGCACAAUACGGGGUUAAGAUUGCUCAAGUAUUGGUGACCAAACCGGAUUUCUACAAUGAGGAGACGAGAAAGAAUCUGUUCUGUACAUUAUCGGAAUUAAUUAGUCUCAAUAUUGUUCCGAUCGUGAAUACAAACGAUGCGGUCUCGCCGCCAAUGUUCAUAGUCGAUGAAGAAGUUACUGGACCCAAAAAGGGUAUUAGUAUCAAGGACAAUGACAGCUUAGCUGCAAUGGUAGCUGCUGAAAUCCAAGCUGACCUUCUGAUUCUGAUGUCGGACGUCGAUGGCAUCUACAAUAAGCCACCAUGGGAGGAUGGAGCAAAACUCAUGUCGACAUACACUACAAACGACAGGAAUGUCAUUCAAUUUGGGAAGAAGUCAAAGGUCGGUACAGGAGGGAUGGACUCGAAAGUCAGUGCUGCAACAUGGGCUCUAGACAGGGGUGUGAGCGUUGUCAUUUGCAAUGGUACUCAAGAGAAGGCAAUUAAGACAAUUAUUGGGGGACGAAAAGUUGGAACAUUCUUCACAGAGACCGGGCCGGGAAGCGGACAGACGGCUCCUGUUGAAAUUUUGGCUGAAAAUGCACGUCUUGGCAGUCGGGUUUUGCAAACUUUGUCUGCGGAUCAACGGGCUGACGCUGUUAAUAUCUUGGCGGAUUUGAUUGUAUCGAAGCAAUCUUUCAUCUUAGAAGCGAAUGGACUUGAUCUCAAUGAAGCUAAUAAAACUGGGCUCGCUAAGCCCCUUCAAUCGCGUUUAUCGUUAACACCAUCAAAACUCAAGGGUCUCUCCGUGGGUUUAAAGCAAAUUGCCGAUUCCAGCCACAAGAAUGUGGGACGUGUUCUGAGGCGGACACAGCUUGCAGAUGGUUUGCAGCUAACUCAAGUCACUGUACCAAUUGGUGUUCUUCUUGUCAUAUUUGAAUCUCGUCCAGACUCUCUCGUGCAAAUAAGCGCCUUGGCCAUGGCCUCUGCCAAUGGGUGCUUGCUGAAGGGUGGUAAAGAAGCAGUUAAUAGCAAUAAAGCUCUGAUGGAGUUGGUAAAGGAAGCACUGGGAACUGUUGGUGCAGCCAAUGCUAUAUCUCUUGUGUCAACACGCGAGGAGAUCAGUGACCUUCUGUCGAUGGAUAAACACAUUGACCUUAUUAUUCCACGUGGUAGUUCAGAAUUAGUUCGAAAUAUUCAGCAGCAAAGUCAAAAUAUUCCAGUACUUGGACACGCUGAGGGCAUUUGUCAUGUCUUUGUCGACAAAGAUGCUGACUUGGAGAAAGCACUGAAGAUAAUUAAAGACUCUAAGUGCGACUAUCCCGCAGCGUGCAAUGCAAUGGAAACACUUCUAAUCCACCGAGACCUCAUGAAUGGGGACUUCUUCCAAAGUGCCUGCAAUAUGCUAAAAGAGGAGGGCGUUAAAAUAUUCUCGGGACCAAAACUGAAUAAAUUGCUGACAUUCGGACCUACCGUAGCUAAAUCUAUGCGCCAUGAGUAUAGUGCGCUAGAAUGUUGUAUUGAGGUUGUGGACAGCGUCAAUGAGGCUAUCGAUCACAUCCAUACAUAUGGCAGUGCCCACACGGAUGUCAUCGUUACAGAGAACGACGAUACUGCACGCUCCUUCCAACAGCAAGUGGACAGUGCUUGUGUCUUCCACAAUGCUAGUUCACGAUUUGCCGAUGGUUUUCGCUUUGGACUGGGAGCAGAGGUUGGAAUCUCCACCGCACGCAUUCACGCUCGAGGUCCCGUGGGCGUUGAGGGUCUCCUGACGUCUAAGUGGAUUCUCAACGGUACCGACCAUGCAGCUGCUGAUUUUGCCGAAGGCGGCUCUAGGAGGUGGAUCCAUGAAACUCUCCCCAUAUAAAAUUGAAAAUCAAUACUUACUCAUGGUAUAAAGCUUAAUGGAUACGAAGAAACUCUCUCUUGUGCCAAUGUGCUGGAUAGUGUAUUAAUGUUGCAUUUUAUUUAUGUGAGGGAGGCACCCAGUGUUGAUUAGUUGAACGAUGUAUUUACCAAUGCUAUAUAUAUAUAUAUGUAUGUAUCUAAUUUCAAACUACGCUUUGAUCAUUUCAUGCUUUGCACUUUCUGUAAUCUUAUUCCAGCGACAUUCGAAAGUAACUAUCAAAAUAAAUUUAUUUAGCAUGUUUUAA